CAUCCUCUCCCUCCCUGAGGCUAAGUGCGCAUGCUCGGCGGCGCGCUACGGCGCAUCGUCCCUCUCCUGCGCCUGCGCGAACGUGAUUCCACGCUCACGUCUCCCUACCCCUAGGCCUGGCCGUGAAAGCCGCGAGCUGCGAAAGGGCGGGAAAGGCGGUUGGAAAAAGGAGGGGCGAGAGGUUACUCACUCCAUGGCUGUGGAAAGGAGAGGCGGCGGCCUCGGCGGAAGAAAGAAGGUGUGAGCGAAGAGCACAGGCGCGGUUGCAGACGCUGGCGGAUUUGCUUUGGGAGCUGAAGUAGCUGCUGCCACUGGAGUCUGGAGCUAUGAGCGGGUUUAAUUUUGGAGGCACGGGGGCCCCUACAGGCGGAUUCACAUUUGGCACUGCAAAGACAGCAACAACCACACCCGCAACAGGGUUUUCUUUCUCCACUUCUGGCACUGGAGGGUUUAAUUUUGGGACUCCCUCCCAACCAGCUGCAAGUACCCCCUCUGCCAGCCUGUUCUCACUCACCACCCAAGCUCCAGCAACACAGACUCCAGGAUUUAAUUUUGGAACAACCACUCCUGCUUCAGGAGGAACUGGAUUUUCCUUAGGGAUCAAUGCUCCAAAGCUAAACUUGAGCAACACAGCUGCUACCUCGGCCAUAGCAAACCCCAGUGGCUUUGGACUCGGCAGCAGCACCCUCACCAAUGCCAUAUCGAGCACUGUCACCUCCAGCCAGGGAGCAGCACCAACCAGCUUUGUGUUCGGCUCCUCCACCACCUCUGCUGCUCCAUCCACCACAUCUGGAGGGUUUUCAUUCACUGGUGGAAGCACGUCCCAGACUGGGACCUCUGGUUUCACCAUUGGCUUGGUGGGGAAUUCAGCCCAGCCCACAGCACUUGCCGGAUUACCCUUCACUCCGACAACGCCAGCAGCCACUGGAGCAGGGGCCACACAGCCAGCUGCUCCUGCACCCACUUCAGCCACCACCAGUGCUGGGCCCACCCUCUUUGCCUCUAUAGCAACUGCACCAAUCUCAUCCACUGCCUCCAGCCUCACCCUUGGUGCCCCAGCAACCACAGCUGGAGCUCCUGGGGCUGGGACACUAGGCUUCAGCUUAAAGGCCCCUGGAACAGCUUCUGGCACCUCCACAGCAACAUCCACCACCACCACCACCACCGCCGCCACUACCGGCUUUGCCUUGAACCUAAAACCACUGGUGCCAGCUGGGAUCUCCAGCAACCCAGCAGCCACUGUGACUGCUCCACCUGGCUCCAGUGCAGCCACUGGGGUAGCCACCAGUCCCGCGAUGACCUAUGCACAGCUAGAGAGCUUGAUCAACAAGUGGAGCCUGGAGCUGGAAGACCAGGAGCGGCACUUUCUCCAGCAAGCCACCCAGGUCAAUGCUUGGGACCGCACACUGAUUGAGAAUGGAGAGAAAAUCACCAGCUUACACCGUGAGGUAGAGAAGGUGAAGCUGGACCAGAAGAGACUGGACCAAGAGCUUGACUUCAUUCUGUCCCAGCAGAAGGAGCUGGAAGACCUGCUGAGCCCACUGGAGGAGUCAGUCAAGGAGCAGAGUGGGACCAUCUACCUGCAGCAUGCUGACGAGGAGCGCGAGAAAACCUACAAGCUGGCUGAGAACAUUGACGCGCAGCUGAAGCGCAUGGCCCAGGACCUCAAGGACAUCAUCGAGCACCUGAACACGUCUGGAGGCCCUGCUGACACCAGCGACCCACUGCAGCAGAUCUGCAAGAUCCUCAAUGCGCACAUGGACUCAUUGCAGUGGAUCGACCAGAACUCAGCACUGCUACAGAGGAAAGUGGAGGAGGUGACCAAGGUGUGCGAGGGGCGUCGCAAGGAGCAGGAGCGCAGCUUCCGGAUCACAUUUGACUGAAUGGCUCUUCAGGGCCCACAGAUGUCAAGGGUGUUUAGUGUGGGGGAAUGUGCCGUGUUGCCUAGUUUUUAGUUACAAUGAGAUACUUGUUAGCUUCUUUCUUUCUUUCAAAUGAUUGUGCUGUUCAGAGAAUUGUUCUGUUUGACUUUUUCCACUAGAAAAUAGCAAGUAUUCUGAGCCCUCUGGUCCAGGCAGCAACCUGUGUAGGUUGUAUUUCUGUAUGUUUCGUUUGCAUAUCUUUGGCUUCUUUUCACCUACUACAACUACCCACCUUAUCCUCACUCCAGCCAAGUGAUGGAGAAGUGCUGGUUCACCUAAGAAAAAUCUAUUUCCCAGCCACAGUUGGUUGGGCAGCCACUCUGUCCAUGCAUAGUUGUAGGUGCAGUGAAAAAAUACUAAGGUUAAAAGAAUCUCCAACCUCAGAGAAGACAACAGCCUAGUUUUGGAGUAAAGAUGUGUACUCAUGAAAACUAACCACCAAGAUGAAGUGCGUUGUGAAUAAAUAGACAAUGGGAGAGAGAAUUUCAAAGGACAAUGGUCAGCUGAGGGAUCUGAACAGGUAUUGAAAAAAGAGUAAGACUGGAACCAAGAAGUCUUCCCUUUGCCUGACUAACAUACCCACUCAUCCUCCAGGUCUCACCUCCAGGAAGUCUUUUUACCUGCCCAAACCUGGGACAGGUGGCCAUCUUCUGGGUCCCCAUAGGACACUGAACUUGCAUCUUUUAUAACACUUACUAUGCUGUAUUGUCUCAACUGUUUGCUUCUCUGUCUAACCAUUAGACUGCAAGCUCCUGUGGGCAGGGACUGAUUGUUGUCCCCUCUUUGUGUCCCCAGCAGAAUCCUUGUCACAUGUUGAAUUAACGAACAACAAAGAUGAAGCCUGGCAUGUUAGUCCACAAAAACACUUGCUGACAUGGCCACAGUUGCCAAUGGUGGCCACAGUUAGUUCUUAGCAUCCCAACACCAAAGUUAACUCAGUAAGAUCCAGUUUGUCUAGAAGGCAGAAGCAGGCAGUUGUGUCUUAACUGUUUUCUACACUUCGCUGCAUUCUCUAAAAUACUUAUGACUGUAUGUUGGUUUCCUAAAUAAAAUAUAUUUGAAAG